AUGGCUGAAAGCUUCGACCCGGAGGUGCUCUUCACGCGCCGCUGCAUAUGGGUGAACGGAGCCGUCAUAGUGGGAGCGGGGCCGUCGGGUCUGGCUGUGGCGUCUGGCCUGAAAGAGCAAGGCAUCCCCUUCGUCAUCCUGGAAAGAGCUAACUGUAUCGCAUCGCUAUGGCAGAACCGUACCUACGAUCGCCUCAAGCUUCACCUUCCCAAACAGUUCUGUCAGCUUCCUAAUUUUCCUUUUCCCGAUAACUUCCCCGAAUACCCUUCCAAAUUUCAGUUCAUCACGUACCUUGAAUCCUACGCUAAGCACUUCGGAAUCAAUCCCCAGUUCAACGAAACUGUUCAAUCCGCUAAGUACGAUGAUACGUUUGGGUUUUGGAGGGUGAAGACCACUCGAAAGGAGGGCAGCGAGGUGGAAUAUAUUUGCAGGUGGCUUGUGGCUGCUACAGGGGAGAAUGCAGAGAAAGUCGUUCCUGAGUUUGAAGGCUUGGAUGAUUUUGGAGGAAGAGUCAUGCAUGCUUGUGAUUAUAAAUCUGGAGAAAGUCAUACUGGUCAGAAUGUUUUGGUUGUUGGGUGUGGAAAUUCUGGCAUGGAAGUCUCUCUUGAUCUCUGCAACCACCAUGCCAACCCCUCAAUGGUGGUUCGAAGCUCGGUGCACGUGUUGCCCAGAGAAGUGUUCGGAAAAUCGACCUUUGAACUUGCAGUGACGUUGAUGAAGAAGCUGCCUCUGUGGAUGGUGGACAAGAUACUGCUGAUUCUGGCUCGCCUGAUUCUGGGGAACGUGGAGAAGUAUGGACUGAAGAGGCCAGAAAUGGGGCCUCUGGAGCUGAAGAACAGUGCGGGGAAGACGCCUGUGUUGGACAUCGGAGCACUGAAGAAGAUUAGAUCUGGGGAGAUUAAGGUGGUUCCCGGAAUCAGAAGAUUCUGGAGAGGCAAAGUCGAACUGGUUGAUGGCCAAAUUCUCCAGAUUGAUUCUGUUGUUCUUGCUACUGGCUACCGCAGUAAUGUACCCUCCUGGCUAAAGGAGAACGAGUUUUUCUCAGAGGACGGGACACCAAGGAAUCCAUUCCCAAAUGGAUGGAAAGGGAAGUGCGGAUUGUAUGCGGUGGGCUUCACAAGAAGAGGGCUGUCGGGCGCAUCGUUGGAUGCAGUAAGUGUGUCCCACGACAUCGCUAAAUGCUGGAAAGAGGAUUCUAAGCAACGCAAGAAAUCAGUGGCUGCUCGUCACAGAAGAUGCAUCUCCCACUUCUGA